GAUGCUCGGCCGGAGCGGUAGCCAUUAGCAAAGUAAAGAACCUACGAGAAUGAGGACUACGCUGGCAUUGACCCUGCUGCUCGGCUGCCUAACAGCGAACGUGAGGGCGACUGAUGUGAAGAAUACCGCGGAAGUUGUGAAGAAAUGUGUUACCGAUUUGGGGGUUACUGAGCAGGACAUCUUCGACCUUAGAUCAGGCAAGGUGAAGCCUGCAGACGUGAAGGAAAACGUGAAGUGUACUGCCAAGUGCGUUAUGGUGGCAAGUGGAUAUAUGGAUGCUGGUGGAAACCUGCUUACAGACAAGAUCAAGAAACAAAACGCCAACCAUCCCCAACGGCAUGCGAUUUACAAGGCCCUGGAGGUCUGUGGAGUCGUAAAAGGAGCCAAUGCCUGUGACACCGCAUUCCAGAUCGUCUCCUGCGUCCAGACCAAUGGCCACUCAUUCCAAUAAGACACGAUCUCGAUUAUCACGGAAAGUAAAA